AUGUCUCUUCACCACCAUCUCGUGUCCUCAUUUUCAACCGAGUACCUACGCUCGAACAUUGUCCCGGACACGGCCGCGCGGCAUACUUCUGUCCCUGUCCCAAAGGUGCACUGCGCCUUUGUCCACCAGGGCGAGACGUACAUUGUCAUGAGCAGGAUCAAGGGACGCGUGGUGUGGCACGGGUGGCUGGGCCGCUCACACGACUCCAAGACCAGGAUCCUCGAGCAGCUCCGUCAGAUGCUUGCCGAGCUGCGUUCGGUUCCCCAACCGGCUGGAGUUGGCGUUUCCAACGUCAUCGGUGGGCCUCUCUGUGACUGUCGCCUGCCCUCCAAGAUGCUCUGGGGUCCAGGGUUGGGCAAUGACCUCGUCCUCACGCACGGCGACUUGAGCAGCUUCAACAUCAUGAUUCAGGGGGACGAGGUCACGGGCAUCGUCGACUGGGAGACUGCCGGGUGGUUUCCGCCGUACUGGGAGUACACGUGUGCCAGGAAUGCCAACCCUCAAAACGCCUUUUGGGCGCAAGAGGUGGACCGCUUCCUGCCACCAAGGCCGCAUGAGCUGCGGAUGGACGGCAUCCGUCGCAAGCAUUUGGGUGACUUUUAG